ACAUCUCACUCAUUUCCACUUCACUUCCCCUCCACAAACCCAAAAAACACACAAAAUGAAUUGCGAAUUAUCCGUUCCUCUGUGGUUUCUCCUCCAUUCCCCUCCUCUCAUCACUAAACCCAACCUUUUCUUCUUAAUCUAAUAAUCCUUCAUAAAAACACAAAUUCACACCAAGGAAGUGGAACCAUGGUGGUGGUAAAUCUCUCAUCUUCUCCACCAUCUUCUUCUUUUUCCUUAUUUAGAUUAACCAAUUCAAAAACUCCCAUUUCAACCUUCCCAUUCAAGGCCAAGUUCCACUUUUCAAAACCCCUGUCUCAUUCGUUUUCCCAUAAUCUUCAUUGCAAGAAACAGUUUUUCCACGAAAAGAGCAGAAACCCACAUGGAAAAAGGUUCGAGUUCAAGACUUUGGCCAUCUCCGGAUUCGAUUUCGGCAACUUGGAGAGCGCUCAGUCGGUUCUGGAGGCCGCUGCGGUGCUGACGGCCAUAAUCAUCGUCCAUGAAAGCGGUCACUUCCUCGCUGCCUAUCUCCAAGGCAUCCAUGUAAGUAAAUUCGCAGUUGGGUUCGGUCCAAUUUUAGCUAAAUUCAAUGCAAAGAACGUGGAAUACUCCAUUAGAGCGUUUCCUUUAGGUGGGUUUGUGGGGUUUCCUGAUAAUGACCCGGAGAGUGAUAUUCCCGUAGAUGAUAAAAACUUGUUAAAAAAUAGACCCAUUUUGGAUAGAGCAAUUGUGAUUUCAGCUGGUGUAGUUGCCAACAUAGUCUUCGCUUAUUUGAUAAUAUUUGUGCAAGUUUUUUCGGUUGGUUUGCCCGUACAAGAGGCCUUUCCUGGUGUACUUGUCCCAGAAGUUAGGGCCUUUUCAGCUGCUUCUAGAGAUGGGAUUCUCCCAGGUGAUGUUAUCCUCCAAGUUGAUGGGAGCGAGUUGCCAAAAUCAGGGCCUAAUGCUGUUCUAGAGCUUGUUGAUGUGAUUAAGAAGAACCCCAAGAGAAAUUUGGUGCUCAAGAUUGAGAGGGGAAAGAUGGACCUUGAAAUUGGGGUAACCCCAGAUGAGAAUUUUGACGGGACUGGUAAAAUUGGGGUUCAGUUGUCACCAAAUACCAAGUUUUCUAAAGUUUUGCCAAAGAGUAUAUUUGAGGCUUUCAGUUAUGCUGGAAGAGAGUUUUGGGGCCUCUCAACAAACGUCUUGGACAGCUUGAAACAAACUUUCUUGAACUUCUCUCAAACGGCCAGCAAGGUUUCGGGCCCGGUCGCAAUUAUUGCCGUUGGCGCGGAAGUUGCGAGGUCUAAUACUGACGGGCUGUACCAAUUUGCGGCUUUGCUUAAUCUUAACCUUGCAGUGAUAAACCUUCUUCCUUUGCCUGCUUUGGACGGAGGUUCCUUGGCUUUGAUUCUCAUAGAGGCUGCUAGAGGUGGGAGAAAACUUCCUUUAGAGAUAGAGCAGAGAAUUAUGUCGUCCGGGAUAAUGGUUGUUGUGCUUUUAGGACUCUUCCUUAUUGUUAAGGACACCCUCAACCUAGAUUUUAUCAAAGAAAUGUUGUGAAAGAUUUGCACAAGCUGUCUGAAGUUUGAACCAAUUUGGUUUUGGUGGAAACUGUCUAAUGAAGUUGAAAAAGGCCAAACCAAGAGCUUUAUUGAAGCUUGACUGAAAUGGUUGAUUUCUGCCAAGAUGUUAGAUGGGAGGUACUUUUGGGGUUCUCACAGUCACAGCUCUAUUUGUUCUAUCCAAUGUGAUUCUUAUUCAUAGUCCUGUAAAGUAUAAUAUUUUUUCCUCCACUCUAUUGAUGAAUUGGAAAGAGGCAUGGGUUUAUGAACUCCAGUUUCUUUUUGGUCUCCUUGGGAGAAUUCAUGGAAAUUACACUUACACUCUUUUUA